UUGAUCAUUCGACAAUCGACAUAAACCCUUCUAUACCCAAAAGCCUCUUCAAUUCCUUAAAUCGAUCGACCAUGAGUUUAAGAAAAUUUUUCAGCCGAAAAACAAAGAAGCCCGGUAAAGAUAACACCACGGAAACCACGAACACUACGCCCCCAACGACAUCCCAUCCUUUAGGAAUCAAAGAUGAACUAGAACAUGUGUUCAAAAAAUUCGAUGUCAAUAAAGAUGGCAAGAUUUCAUCAACCGAACUCGGAUUAAUUAUGGGAAGCCUUGGCCAAAAGCAUAGUGAAGAAGAGUUAAAAAGAAUGAUUAAGGAAGUGGACGUGGAUGGAGACGGUUUUAUUGAUUUGCAAGAGUUUAUUGAGAUGAACACAAGAGACGUCGAUUCUAAUGCCUUGUUGGAGAGUUUAAAAGAGGCGUUUUUGGUUUUUGAUGUUGAUAAAAACGGGUCUAUAACCGCGGACGAGUUAAAGAAAGUGUUGAGGAGCUUAGGUGAACAAUGUAGUAUCGAUGAAUGUCGAAAGAUGAUUGCUGGUGUUGAUCAAGAUGGUGAUGGGAUGAUUAGUUUUGAUGAGUUUAAGGUGAUGAUGAUGAAAGAAUCGAAUCAAAAUUAG